CACAGCACCAACCCCCACCAGUGCUCCCUCCAAGCCGCCCAGUUUCUAGCACUGAGCUUUGGACGAUUCCGCUGUUGCAAGCAUGGUCGGGUCCGUCACCUCCUAAAUAAGCGCCGAUUAAUCUUUAUCUAGUGUGUUAAGUGUUAAUGAAAAUGGCUGCGCCCAGCGCCGAGGAAGUCUCCGAUGGGGCUGGCAAGCGCGCCGCCGGGGUUGCGAGCAGAGCUGCCAAACCAGCGGCGAACGGCGAUGGCGACGGCGAUGCGGCUGCGUCUGGCGGAGAAUCAGACGAUGAUGCUGGCGAGGAGCUCGCCGAAGCCACCGCUCCCAAGAAGAAGAAGUCCAAGAAGAAGAAGCCCAAGAAGAAGAAGACGCCGAUUGCGCAAACCGAUCCCCCAUCGGUCCUUAUCUCCCAGCUGUUUCCCAACAACAGCUACCCCAAGGGCGAGGAGGUCGAGUACAAUGACGACAACCGCUAUCGCACCACCAGUGAGGAGAAGCGCCAUCUUGAUCAUCUGAACAGCGACUUCCUCACCGACUAUCGCCAGGCGGCCGAGACCCACCGUCAGGUUCGCCAGUGGGCACAGAGGAGCAUCAAACCAGGUCAGCCGCUUCUUGAGGUUGCCAACGGUAUCGAGGAUGCCACCCGUCGCCUGGUCGGCCAUGAUGGCUUGACCCAGGGCGAUGCCCUACUUGCCGGCAUGGGCUUCCCGACGGGCUUGAACGUCGACAAUGUUGUCGCCCAUUACAGCCCAAACGCAGGCUGCAAGACCGUGCUCCAGCAGGACAAUGUCCUCAAGGUCGAUAUUGGCGUUCAUGUCAAUGGCCGCAUCGUAGAUAGCGCCUUUACUAUGUCAUUCGAUCCCAUGUAUGACAACCUCCUUGAGGCCGUCAAGGAUGCCACGAACACGGGUGUCCGCGAGGCCGGAAUUGAUGUCCGCCUUGGCGAGCUGGGUGGGUACAUCCAAGAGACGAUGGAGAGCUACGAGUGCGAGAUCAACGGGGUCACCUAUCCGAUCAAGCCAGUCCGCAACCUGUGUGGCCAUACCAUUCUGCCCUACUCCAUCCAUGGCACCAAAAGUGUUCCCCUCGUCAAGACGAAUGAUGUAACCAAGAUGGAGGAGGGCGAUGUUUUUGCCAUCGAGACAUUUGGCAGUACUGGCACCGGCCGAUGGGUCGAUCAGGGCGAAGUCUCGCAUUAUGCCCUCCGUCGCGAUACACCGCACGUCGACCUUCGCCUCUCCUCGGCUAAGUCUCUACUGAAGGUCAUCAAACAGAACUUUGGCACUAUCCCCUUCUGCCGGCGCUAUCUGGAUCGGAUUGGACAUGACAAGUAUUUGCUCGGGCUCAAUCAUCUUGUCAGGGCCGGCAUCGUAGAAGACUAUCCGCCGAUGGUGGAAAAGAAGGGCACGUACACGGCCCAAUUUGAACACACAAUCCUUCUCCGACCUAAUGUGAAAGAGGUCAUCAGCCGCGGAGAAGACUACUAGCAUGGAAUAAUCAUGGCUCAGAGCAUAUCAAGGGUUGAGGAGACAGGUCAACCCACUGUCGGUUAUUCCCUAGCAAGUUUGGCAGCAACUAGCAGCUAGUAACUAUUCCCUCAAACCAA